GACUUGGACGUAAAGUCCCAUCAGCCCCUGCGCUACGUCUUUCCUUCUCUUUCUUUUUCUGUCGGCGCUUCCCGUGGAGGGGCAGCUGUCUCUUCGCUGGCGCCAUGCCUGCCCUCAGACCUCUCGUAAAGCCUAAAAUCGUCAAGAAGCGGACUAAGAAGUUCAUCCGGCACCAGUCCGACAGAUAUGUCAAGAUCAAGAGAAACUGGCGUAAACCAAGAGGCAUUGACAACAGGGUGCGAAGACGAUUCAAGGGCCAGAUCUUGAUGCCCAAUAUUGGUUAUGGAAGCAAUAAGAAGACAAAACACAUGUUACCAAGUGGAUUCAGGAAGUUUUUGGUACACAAUGUCAAAGAGCUAGAAGUGCUUCUGAUGUGCAACAAAUCUUACUGUGCCGAGAUUGCUCACAAUGUAUCCUCCAAGAAUCGGAAAGUCAUUGUUGAGAGAGCAGCUCAGCUAGCCAUCAAAAUUACCAAUCCAAAUGCUAGACUGAGGAGUGAAGAAAAUGAGUAAAAUACUUUGCAGAUUUUUAUUUGUGUUAAAUAAACCUUCCAAUUACUACCAUC